UUUUGACAAGUUCAUUCUCUGUUCCAUCUCCUUAUCUGAAUCACCCUAUUCUGAACACCCCCCAAUUCCAUACAUGACAACAAAGUUCAACAUGUUGUUUUAACAUGUGAUAUUAGUAAAGUAUAUUAGUAAAGUAUCUGAUAACAUUAAAUAUUAGGGAUAGCUGUGUUGAUAUUGGAGGAGCAAGCAGGAUUGGCAACCGUUUGUGAACAAUCCCGCAGUGUGACGCACACGUUUCUAGCUAUGAAAUGCACUUGGCUCGGGCCGCUUGCACAGUUCAAUGUGCCAUCGGAGCUGCAAUGUGGUGUUGCAGCGUGCACAUCGGUUCUACAGGCGAGGAAACGCCAAUUGACGGACUGAGCGUUUGCUAAAGAGACGUCACCAUUGCCACCGCACAUGCUGCCGCAAGAAGCAGCGCUGCAAAUGUUGAUGGUCGGUGGAGUUCAUCCGAAGGACUCUCCAUUCGUCACUUCACUUCGCACCGCGGAACACAAAGUCAUGACUCACGCCAUGAAAACUCGUUUUCCCUCGGAUGUUCUUUGUCCGUGCUGAUUGCUGCAUAUUCUGUGUGGCGAGUGAAUGUGUCGUGUGCUGACUAGUUUCAUUCAACUCGCUAGAAACUUGAAGGAUUUUCGAAUCUCGGAGCGUUCGUCGCAUCUGCUUUAGCACUUUCCAACAUUUGGUUACCUGAAACACAACUUUAGGUUGUGAAUUGAAGGAAAUCUGUAGGGCAUAGAUGUGAAAGCAACUCCGUGAUGGCCGGCUCGAGGUUGUCUCGCUGCUUGUAUUACACAUUUCGAAACGUAGCUAAAAUCGUGGUGGGCAUCAGACACCAAAUCUUAAACAGAGAUGUUGAACCGGUGGAAGGAGAUUGUCAUUGCAGCGUUGCGGCAGAUUUGGGAGAGCGGAGGUACAAAGAACUGUGCGAGGACGGCGCUCUUUCACUCGAGAUGAUUGUUUACUGCCAGUCUGAGCUUAGCGCUGUUACAAAAUCCCUACAGGCGUCUCGAAGGUUAGUGAUACCCGGUUUCGACGACACAGAGCAGCGCGUGGAGAUUGUGGUGCAGAGGAAGAGAUUUCUCAACCACGACUUUCUCAUCCUGAAACUCCAACCUCGUGAUCGAGACGUGCCGCCGUUACACAUUUGGGCCGAGAAAGUGGGUGAAGACCAUAGCAGCGGCGAAGAUCGCCCAGGUAUUCACAUCUCACUUUGCAACGAUGUUGAAGACGUCGAGCAAAGAUGUUCUCUCCUUAAGAUUGCAUGUGGAUGUUCCGUCAGUCUUCCCGACAUCCUCUCCAUUCUGCAGAGACAAGGUCCAAAUUACGAUGAAAGAAACGACAAUUGCUGGGACUACACAAGAGAGACAACCAAGUGGCUGUUGGAGGCCUGCAUUCAGGACUGCAGGACUAGGGCUAGAGAUAAAAUGAGGCUGCAGGCACAGGUGACACACUUGGAGGCGAAUCUGUUCCGAAACCACGCCAUCAACACUAUCCAGAGCGCAGCGGAAAUGUGCCGCAACUUGAAUGCGCCUGUGCAGUGUCCAUUGCAGACUCUCCGUAUUGUCCACCGAUGCUCUUGUGGUCUUCGGUGACCGCGGUCGUCGGGUCCUCGGUCUUCGGUAUUUUAUACUCGAUUGUAUAGACAUGACUUUUGUGCCUAUGUGUUAUGGUUAUACAACUGUACAUAUGCUAAAGUCAUGGUUUUAUACAUAUUGUAUGAAGAUCUUGUUAUAAUGUUGUAUUAUUUAUAUGUAUGGUAUAAUAAAAUAGUAUUAAUUU